AUGACAACUUCUUGCAGUAAUAUUCGUGUGGUAGUCGGCAUCGAUUUUGGCACAACAUAUUCAGGGUUCGCAUAUGCUAACGUGGCGAACCCCGAAAAAAUUGAAACAAAUGAAACAUGGCUUGAAAGGAAGGGUGCAUUCAAAACCAACACAGUGAUUCGAUACGAUGAAAACUUUGAAUUGAUUCAAUGGGGUCUACCAGCAUUAGCUGAGAAAAUCAACAAAAAGAGCAAAAACUCGAAAUCCGAUAAUUCCCAUAAAAUUGCUGAAUUAUUCAAAUUACAUAUUGGGGAAAUACCUUAUGAACAUAAACCGCCAUUACCCUCAGGCUUGAAUCCUAGAAAAGCAAUAACCGAUUAUUUGCGAGAAAUGGGAAAGAUCAUGAAGAGCACAAUAUCUGCUCGGUGGCCGGGGUUGAUUUAUUAUCAACACGUUCGUGUCAUCCUCACUGUACCUGUUGAAUAUGACGAAGGAGUUCGUGCUAUCAUGCGGCAAUGUGCCUUCGAUGCUGAACUUAUACUUACACUUGAAUCAGAAAAUUUGGAAUUUACGACAGAGCCUGAAGCUGCUGCGCUCUACUGUCUCGAAAACUUAAAUGAACAUCCGUUGAAAGUCGGAGAUUCAUUUUUAGUGAUAGAUUGUGGCGGCGGCACGGUAGAUUUGACAGUUCGUACUAUUCUCCCCAAUUCGAAAUUAAGCGAACUCACAGAAAGUACCGGAGAUUUUUGCGGCUCUACAUAUGUCGACAAAGCAUUCAAACAUUUUAUUGGCACUAAAAUCGGAAGAUCAGCUCUUAAAUUGAUGGAGGAAAAACAUUAUCCUCAGUUCCAAUAUUUGAUUCAAUAUUUCUGCACGGAUGUAAAGCUUCCAUUCGAUGGCGAUGAAAGAAACUGGCGGAAUAAAGAAAUUGAUCUGGAAGAAAUUUGUCCCAUUCUCUUGCAAUAUGUUAAAGGGGAAGAAAGAGAAGAGUUAGAAGAAUGUGAAUGGGUUAUCGAAUUAGACUUCCAGACGGUUAAAUAUUUCUUUGACCAAGCCAUUGAAAACAUUUUAAAGCUAAUUCGUCAACAACUGACCAAGUCGGAAAAGAAUAUUUCCGCAAUCUUUUUGGUUGGAGGGUUUUCUGAAUCCAAGUAUCUAAUGCAUUGUGUUCGACAGGAAUUUAAUCGCCAAGUCUCGUAUAUUUCAGUCCCGUCUUACCCAGUUACCAGUAUUGUCAAAGGAGCCGUUACAUAUGGUCUGAGAAUGGAUGCAAUUAAAACACGUGUACUCAGAAAAACUUACGGGAUCGAGCUUUACCGCAAUUGGACUCCCAAUGAUCCAAUCGAAAGAAAGGAAGUUAUAGAUGAUCAAGAGAAAAUGUUAUUUUUUAAAAGAUUAGCUAAAAAAGGGACUGAGGUUGAUGUAGAUCAAGAAUUCAAAAAUACAUCUUGGCCAACCUUUCCAAAUCAGAAAAUUUCAUCUUUUAAAUUAUACACUACUAGUGAGAACGAUGGAAAACAUUGCGACGAUCCAGGGAUGAAGUUAUUUGGAAGACUCGGUUUGGAAUUGCCUGACGUUAACCUUGGUAUCAAUCGUCCGGUCGAGUUCACUUUAACUUUUGGUAAAAUGGAAACGCGUGUUUUUGCACGAGACCUCAUAUCGGAAACAACUGCUAAGGCAACCUUUAAGCUAGAAUUAUAA